GUUAGAUUUUCAGGGGAAGGGGAUCCGACCAGGAGACUAAGGAAAACGCAGGGGACAUAACGCUGUCAAAAAGUCCAUCGCUUCUUCAGUUUUUGUCUCCUCACAUGAAAGCCGUGAAAAAAGGACGCGUGUUAUUCUGUGUGUUUUCUUCCUUCCCAGGCUGAGAGGACUUCCACCAUCAGAGGCGAUGAGAUGUGAGUGAGCUAUGCCUUGUGGAAAUGGACAGACUUUAUCCAAGCGAAAACAUGGCGUCUGCGUCCCGAGGUUUAGCUUCAUUUCCAGUCUGCUUGUGGCGCUCUGCUGCCUGGAGGUAUGGGGCUUCGGGCCGCAGGGGGACGGCGGCAGGACCUGCAGCCCCUGUCCCGUUAACUGCAGCUGCGCGCUGGCGGGGCCCCAGCAGUCCUGCGUCGUCAACUGCUCCAACAUCGGGCUGGAGAGGGCCCCAGCGGCGGCGGACAUGCCGCUUUCCACCAGCGUGCUAGAUCUUUCCAAGAACCACAUCUCCUCCCUUGAUACCAGCCUGUUAGAUCGUCUCACCGGGCUCCGAGAGCUGUAUCUUCAAGGGAAUAGGAUCAAUGUUCUCCCCAGAGGGGUAUUCUGCUGUGGGCCACUGUCAGUCCUCGAUUUGAGCAACAACCAAAUCACCACCAUAGAAGAAAGAAUAUGCGACAACCUAUGCAACUUAACUCAAAUUGACCUAAGCAGUAACCCCUUUGAGUGCGACUGUAAGCUGUUCCGUUCAGCCCCCUUUCUCCUCAGCUGGCUCCAGGAGAAAGGGGUGCGAGUACGGCGUCCGGACGCCAUGCUCUGCAAUCACCCACCUGACCUCCGCAACCAACCCCUGCUAAAUGUCAGCCUGCUCACCUGUGGUCUGAACUAUGCAGCCUGUCUUGAAGACAGCAGCAGUGGAGGAGGGGGACGGAGUGAGCUUGUUAUCUUCUCUUCCUCCAUACCCGGAAACUUCACACAUGAACAGUGUAACAGUGUGUGUUUUAGUGCAUCGCAUCGCUAUGGGGGCUUGGGGACAAGGCGCGAGUGUCUCUGCAGCACAAACUCUGAGCCCAACUUAAUCAGUGAAUCUCAGUGUUCUGCUGCCUGUACACACCCCAAUGUAAUGAAGGGAUGUGGGUGGACCCUGGCUCAUGAUGUGUUUGCGGUGGACUUCUCGGUCGCACUGAAGCCUCUCCCACUGCUGAGUGUUCAUGACCACAUCAGUUUGGCCGCCACCUCCUCUGUCACUCCAGUGAUGCUGUCCUGGGACUUUGGUGACCUCUCAUCACGGGUCAACACUACAGAAACGGAGGUGACCACAGCAACUCAUAAAUACGGACUUCCGGGACAUUAUACAGUCAGUGUGAUGGCCUGGGCUGGAAACAAAGAGGUCUCUGCACGUGGGGAAGUGACAGUGACAGUUCCUCCCAAACUGAAGCUGCGUUGUCCACACCUUGCUGUGGCCAAUAAGAGCCUAGAGUUCACACUUGUCAGCUGGGGGGCUGUUGGCAUGGAUAUUGACUGGAAGAUCACAAAGGAUGGUGUCCAAAUUGCCAAAGCCUCCCCUCAGUGUCCGAAAGAUGGGCUGUACCACGCCGAGUCCUCAAGCUGUUUUCAGAUAGUUCCAGGGGAGAUGAGCUGGACUGACGCUCGACAACAGUGUUUAGACCGCGGCGGGGAUCUGGCAAUAGUCAGGAGUGAUGCGCUGCGUAACCAGCUAGCACAAAAAGUCAAACAGGAACGAGGUGUCUGGCUGGGCUUGAGUGAUGUCAACUCUCCGGGCAGGCUGCACUGGGUAAACGGCUCAGAAGCACAGGAGGGAGAGAAGGGCCUGCCACCUCGUUCCUCGAUUUCCCGCGGAAACGUGUGUGUGUCCCUUGAUCAGUGCAGUCAGAGCAGUUCACACCAGUGCAAUGCCAAGCGUGCCUAUGUCUGCCAGUACAGGGCUCAAGUGCGUGUGCCAGAUGCAGGGAUCUACAUGCUGGGACUGGCUGUGUUUGCCUCCCAUAAUCCUUUGCACCGUGCCUCAUCUGCUACUUUUUCUGCUCCACAACCUCCCGGCAGUGGUAUAGAGGUGCUGUUGUUCCCAACUCUGAGCUUCGUUCAGGCAGGUCGUCUUUCCUCCCUUGAGUUUGUCACUCAGGAACUCAGCUCACAAAUCCACGUCCGAUUCCAGACCUACAGGCCUCACUGCCAUUAUCCCGGCAUGCGCCUGCUGCUACCCAGUUGCGGAGGCCCAGCGUGCGCUCCAGUGGCUGUUUGUGUCCCAAAUGACUCUAGGACCGGUGAUCCACCCUCUUGCCCCCGACUAGAGCAGUGGUGUCCCUUCCAGCACCGGUGCCUGGCCCUCUCUAGUCCCUGCCAGCCAUCCUCCUGUCCUAACUGUACCCAGGGUCAUCACCUGCCCCCUGGGGCGCUGAGGCCCCGUUACAUCCUACAAAAUGAGGUGGCCUUCACUCUACCAGCAGGACCAGCUGCACAUGUUGUGGUACAUGAACAACUGGAGAACUACCUGGUUUCCCGUGGUGAUGUCAUCGCCCUGCAGCAUGAUGCUGGCCCCACCUCCCUACUCCGCUGCCAGUCCUCCCCACACUCACUGUGGCGACAACCCGUUUUAGCCCUCAACCAGUCAGAGUGGUUCUGGAUCAACAACACCAGACAGUCAACACAUAGCUUGGCGGACCCUGACCCACAGCUUGAUGUGGAGGUGCUGGUGGAGGAUGGUGAGGGAGGGUGGCUGGAGGAAGUAGUCUGUCCCAUCAGAGUGCUCUAUGUAGGACACAGUGAGACCAAGCUGCAGGGAGCACAGCUGUCUGCUGGUUUACCCCAGCCUGGACUCUACAGCCUGCUGGUAACUUCUGCUGAGCCAUCAUACCCAGCCUCAGAUUUCUGCCAAUUGCGGGUGGUGCCCCCUCUGGGCUUGACAAUUCUCCACCCCCUUCCCCGCAAUGCCACCCUCUACCUGCAGCCCAAUGACACCCGCCUGCUGCUCCGUGUCCAGUCUCGCUACAUAACAAAAGCAUCUUGGCGGGGCAGUAAUCGAAGCGUGACCUUCCAGACAGAAUGUCCAUCAGAGUUUUCAUCCAGCCCAACACUCUGUCAGCCUGGGCCGAGCUCAGGGUCUGGGGUCAAGGUCACUGAGCCCAGCCAGUAUGUAGUGUUGGAUCUGAACCUGGGAGUGGGGGAGGAGAGGGGUCCAUUGCAGGUGGAGCUGGAGGCCCACAACAACGUGACAGAGGCCAGCCUGAUUAUGGUCGUCCACUUGGAAGAGCCCCUCAGAGGAUUGGUGGUGCAGCCACACCCGGCACACAGGGUGCUGAUGGAGUCAGUUGUGAGCUACACAGCAUCAGUUCUUGAAGGCUCCAGUCCCACAUUUAAAUGGACAGUGGAUGACAAGCCCUACUUCACCUAUUACAACACUGUUCUCAAUGUCAUCUACCAGCAUGCUGCCGUCUACAAGCUCACAGUGACAGCCAUGAACCAUGUCAGCACCCUCACAGAGCAUUUCAACGUGACAGUGGACCACCUACAUCCCAUGGCAAACCUCACAGUGAAGGGUGUGCCAGAUGUGGUCCCUCAGGGCUCCACUCAGACUCUCACCACUUCUGUGCUUGUGGACAUGUCUGUGGCCGCCACCUUCCGAUGGUCUUUUGGUGACGGGGGAUACAAGGAGUUUGAAUACAAGCCUCCCUAUGCCCCUGCCCUCCUCUGCCCAGACUCCCCCAAUCAGGUCCUCCUAAGCAACAAUGUCACCUAUAUCUACUCUCAGCCAGGAAUAUACACCGCACUGGUUUCAGUGUCCAAUCGUUAUGACAACAUCAGUCAGAGCAUCAACAUGAGCGUCUACAGCAUCCUCACUCAUGUUGACAUACAAACAGAGCCGCGUGUCCUCCUUGCUGGCAAAUCAGCUGAUUUUGAGGCUCACCCUCUGCCCUCACCCUAUGGAAUUCACUAUGACUGGAACUUUGGAGAUGGUUCAGCUCCACUGCAAGGUCGGCGCGUGGUGCACACCUGUUCACGGAGUGGCAUCUUUAAUGUCUGUGUAUCAGUAAACAACACCAUCAGUUCUAUGGAAACUUGUGCUGAGAUUUUUGUAUAUGAGAAGAUUGAAAAUCUAACAGCUGAAAGCUCCUCUCCCACAGAGCUUCACAGUCCUACUAUAGUGUGGGCACACCUUGCUUCGGGUAAUAACGUUACAUGGACAUUCUCCAUGGGCGAUGGGACUAUCUACUCUACAUCGGAACCUCGUGUGUCACACAGCUACAACAAAGAUGGCAACUACACAGUGAAUGUGACUGCUGCGAACACUGUGAGUUUUGAUUGGAAAAUCCUACCAGUGCAGGUGUUUGUCUUUCAAGUUAUAAGGAUGGAGCCAUCUGGUUGUGUCCAAGAAAAGACCCCUGUCAACUUUCAAGCCUGGGUUUCCGGUAACGAAUCAGCACUUAUUUAUGAAUGGUGCUUCGGGGAUGGAAGCUCCAAUGAGACACACCAUGGCAACCCCGGAGUCUCACACACCUACUGGACAAGUGGAAACUACCACCUCUCCCUGCUUCUUUUCAGCGGGGUCAACAGGGCCACCACGGCCAACUUCUUCAACUGGGUGUGUGUGCAGCCAGCUUUGACCAACAUCAGCCUUACCCUUGAGAAAUCACACUACGCAGUCGGAGAAGAGAUCUGGUUCCAGGUCAGAGCUGAGCCAGAGUUUAACUACAGUUAUCAGUGGGACUUUGGUAGAGAGGAAGAACUUGUGCUCAUCCAUGGUUCUGGGAAUAUUGUGACAAUGUAUAAAAACCCAGGUAAUUACAUGGCUACAGUCGCUGUCUUCAAUAACAUCUCCAGCAGUAAUACCAGUGUUGUGAUUGAGGUCCUGAUGCCCAUAGGACCAAUUGUUAUUCAACAUAAUGGCACUAAGUACAACAACCUUACGCUCAAAGCACCGUAUGCUUUCACAACCUCUUCCUUGGCCUCCAAUGUCAAUUACACCUGGGAUUUUGGAGAUGGAAAUGUGCUUACAGGCCAGAAUACCCGCCACACCUACAAUAUCUCAGGAAACUACAAUAUCACAUUGACAGCAGCCAACACAGUUAGCAGGAAUCACACUACCUUACCUGUUGCUGUGCUCGCACCAAUCCGUGGGUUGACCGUCAAUGCCAGCUUAGUAAAUGUUCCUCUCAAUGCCUCGGUUAACUUCGAGGCCCAAAUGGAGGAAGGAGACGGUGUCCGGUUCUCUUGGAUCUUGUGUGACCGCUGCACCUCAAUACCAGGGACCCACACCAUGUUCUACACCUUCCGGUCUGUUGGCACUUUCAACAUCAUUGUGACAGCGGAGAACGACGUAGGAAUGGCACAAGCAAGUAUCUUCCUAUUUGUCCAACGUGAUCUGGAGGGACUGCAGAUUUUAGCAGAGAAGGAGAUCGGAGGCGGUGGAGGCAUGGGACUGGACGAUUGCUGCUUUGCUACAAAUCGCGUUCUCCACCUUCAAGCAGGAUUAAAGGAAGGCACCAACAUGACGUUUACCUGGAAAAUUUUCAGAGAGCUAGACCCAGUCAGCUCAGUCUACAACAUAAGUGGAAAGAGUGUGGAGGUGAAUUUCUCUACGCCAGGUCCAUGUGAUAUUUUUCUCCGGGCCGUCAACCUCCUAGGCCAGCUGUCGGUCAACAGAAUCAUCCACUUCCUGGAACCAGCCAGAGGAGUGUACCUGCAGAUCAGCAACAACCCAGUUGCAGUCAAUGCUCCAACUAACCUGACAGUCUUGACUAUGGAGGGCUCGGACUUACAGUACCGCUGGUCUGUGGAUGGGGAUGUUCUGCAGUGGAACAAGUCCUGGAAGAUCCACACAUUCAUCAGUCCUGGCCGAAAACUAGUUACUGUUGAAGUCUUCAAUAAAGUUAGCUCAGAGGUUGUGUCAGACAUUGUCAAUGUCCAGGAAGAAAUUUCUGGACUAAGGUUCUCAGCUACCAAUGUGACAGAGCAAAGUUAUGUAGCAAGAGGCGUCAGUGUCUCACUCCAGGGUGAGGUACUGACAGGAACCAAUGUAACGUGGACGUGGCUGUUAGAAGGAAGAACAGUCACAGGAAGGAGAACUUCUCUGAUAUUCCCGGAGCCAAGGACAGCCAUUGUUACUCUGAAUGCCACUAAUGAUGUCAGUGGGCAAGUGGUUUCCAGGGAGUUCUUUGUUCAGGAAAAGAUUCAGGGGUUGGAGCUGAGGGCAAGUACAAAGAUUGCAGGAGUCGGUGAGAAGGUGGAGUUCACCAUUUCCAUGGCAGCGGGAUCAGACGCUCUUCUGAUCCUCAGCAUCAGUGGAGAUGCCACUGUUAUCCGUCAACCCAACCAAACCUAUGUCCACAAAUUUAGUAGAGUGGAUACCUACAUGGUGAAUCUCACUGCUCACAACCAGGUUAGUUCCAAGAGGCGGCACCUCCAGGUAGAGGUGAUGGAGCCGGUGCGUGGACUUUCCAUCCUUGGAAGCUGCGCAGCAAUCCCUGUCGGUGUGAAGAGAAUGUUUGUGGCCAACAUCCUGACGGGCAAACCUGUUAAUUUCCUGUGGACUUUUGAUCUACACCACCUCCACCAGGCAUCAUAUAUUGGCAGAGAGGUGACCUACACGCCAGAAGAGGCAGGUUUAUUGACCAUCUACCUGAAGGCCGUUAACGCCCUGCGUGAUCAGAACAUCACCAAGCACAUCCUAGUGCAGAACCGGCUGACGGCUGCCGUCCUGUAUGCAGCACCUCAGGACACUUUCAUCAAUAAGACGGUGACCCUGAUGGCCUCUAUCACACCCAGGUCUAAUCCUGUGGAGUGUUUUUGGAGCUUUGGAGAUGGUUCUACUCCGGUUCACACCAACACUACAACUAUGGGUUAUGAGUACAGAUACCCAGGACAUUACCUGGUCCAAGUGAACUGCAGUAACCUGGUGAGCUGGGUGUUGGCCCAGGUGGAGGUAAACAUCAAUGUAUUAGAGUGUGAGGAGCCAGAAGUGCAGGUGGUUCAAGCCCCCCGCCUGGCCAUCUGGCGCUCCCAGCCUACUUUGGUGGAGGCCAGUGUGGAUCUGAAAGGCUGUGUACGCUAUGGAGCUCAAUACCUGUGGCAGAUACUCUCCGCACCCUCAUGUGAUAAUGACAAAGACGACCGGAUUCCCUCUGGAGUGGUGGCUCAGCCCUCUCAGUCUGUGCCUGUCCCAGUAAUUCGCCUGUCAAUGGAAGUGGAUGUGCGGCGUCUGCAGCUGUCACUGCCUAAGAUGGCUCUAGCAACUGGGAACUACAGCUUAGUGUUUUCUCUGUCAUAUGAAGGCGUGCCGCUAAGGAAAGCUGCCUGUCUGCAGCUGAGUGUCAUGGCUGCCAGGCUGAUGCCUAUCAUAGAAGGGGGCAACUACAGGGUGUGGUCAAGGACGCAGGACCUGCAACUCAGUGCAGAGCAGUCCUAUGACCCCAACUUGGACCCAGAGAGUCAGUCACUUCUCCAUUACCACUGGGAGUGUCAAAAUACCUCAAAGGGUCCAGAGCACUGCUCUAGUCUGAACUUCGGCCUGGGUUCCAGCGGUCCGGUGUUGGGAAUCUCUGGCUCCGAGCUGGAGGCGGGCGUCAAAUACACUUUCAAACUGACCAUCAGCAAAGAUGGCAUGGCGCCACAGUCCAUCACACAGACUGUGCUCGUCCAGAGUGGUCACAUUCCCAUGGUGUAUCUGGAGUGUGUGUCCUGUAAGGCCCAGUCAAUCUACGAGGUCAGCCAAAAUUCUUAUGUCUACCUCAGAGGAACCUGCACCAACUGCCAGGGCUUUCGCCGUUGGCGCUGGAGUGCCAUGACGGAGCGGAACGAGACUCUGGUCCUGGACACCUCCUCCACCACCACAGGAAGCGACGACAUGAAUCUGGUGCUGCGUCAGGGUGUCCUGCGCCACAGAGUCUCCUACAUCUUCACCCUGCACGUGACCGACGGCAGUCUGGAUGGUGAGGGCGCCGCCUCCAUCACGCUGCUACACAACACGCCCCCGGAUGGUGGGGAGUGUCACCUGAGAGGAGGAGGGGAGGUGGGAAUGGAGUAUGGGGACGGAGACGGUGAAGGCUGGAGGAUACGCACGCUGCUGGACCGGGUACACUUCAACUGCUCAGGUUACAGUGAUCUGGGGGUCUCCGAGACUCCCUUGCUCUACAGUCUGCUGGUGACACGCUGCAGAGAAGACUACUGCGAGGACUUCUGUGUGUACAAAGGGAGCAGUCCAGAGCACUCGGCCUUCCUUCCCCCAGGCUUCAGCUCAGCCCGGCACCGUGUAGCUGUGUCCAUCACAGUGGAGGACCAUCAGGGAGCUGCCAUCACUGCACUCAACAAGUCUGUUGAAGUUGUGCUGCCAGAUCCACCCCCUGAGUACAACAGCCUUCCCCAUUGGCUGUCUGAGCUGACAGACAGCAAACUCAAAAAGCUGCUGGAGCAGGGAGACUCCCAAAGGGUCAGAGAAUUAUCACUGGCUCUCAUUACAGUCCUAAAUGAGUAUGAGCAGACCCAUGAGUCAGCGCGGGUGUCCCAAGAUAAGUAUGGUUACAGAGUCCGCAGCAACAUUACCAGAGCUCUGACGGCUCUGGACCUGACCACUGUUAGUGACAUCCAGCAGACGUCCGCUGCUCUGGCACAGUGCACAGCGGUGAGUCGCGGGUUCAUCUGUGAGGAGUGUCAGAACAGCACUCUGAACAAGCUGGAGUCCAUGCUGGAGAUUUUGCAGACUGACACCAAGCAGGGCACUGUCACUCCCACUGAGAUAGCUGACAACAUCCUGAACAUCAUGGGCGAUCUGAUCCAUCAGGUCAGCCAGUCAGCCUCCCAGUCUAACUUCCCGCCCCCCCACGUGGAUUCCCCCUCACCCUCCUCCACCUCCCCCUCUCACUUCUCUGGUGUGGAGCAAGGAGGCACCCUGUUAGAGCCCUCACCCUUCUCACCAGAGCCACACCCUCUGCGAGUGGCAGCGAAGGCUUACAACUUGUCCUCGGUCCUCAUGCUGAUCCUCAUGCAUGCCCGGGUGCUAAACGAGGAGCCGCUGGUGCUAAGAGGAGCUGAGAUUGCUGCCACAGGAAAACUGGCAGACCCCCAGAGCCUGCUCUGCUACCAUGGCAACAACAGUCCAGAGUGCCAGCGGUUCUCCAUCCCACGAGCCUUCAACAACAGUCUUGGCAGAGCUGCUGCAGGAAACAACAUUAUGCAGCUACUGUUUCAGGUGGAAUCCAACCCCUUCCCCUUCAAUUAUGUGGCUAACUACACCAUCUCUACUGAAGUGGCAUCCAUGGAGUUUCGCACUGAAAAUGGCACCCAGAUCCCAAUCUCAGGACUGGACGACAGUAUGGCCAUCACUGUUGCCAUUAACAAUGGCAGUAGUGGAGAAGUGGGUGUUGAGGGUUCUGGUACUGGAGGGCUGCCCACAGCUGGAGCCGUUAACAUCAGCCACUGUGACUCCGUCAUCGUAAGGGUCAGCACGGGAAACACCAACAGACAGGCAGGGCUGUUUGUACAGCUCAACUUCACCUCUCUGGAGGAUGCCAGAGAGAAGGGUAAAAGAGGAGACGAUGGAGAGGAGCCAUACAUCACAGCUUACCUUCAUUCCCACGAAGGCCCAAGCGAGUCUAACUGCACAGACAGAAAACGUAUCACACUUAGUAUGACCAGGGGGCAAGAUCUGGACCACAGGAAAUACACCUUCUUCCUGUCGCCAGAGUCCUACGACACCACACUGGACUACUUCAUCAACGUAAGUACGCCCUGCGGCCCCGGCUCUCAGCCUGUGGGUGUCCGUCUGGAGGUUGGGGUGUUUGCCUCCCUGUGUCAGUACUUCAGCAAGAGCGAGAAGCAGUGGCGGACGGAUGGCAUGGUGCCCCUGCCAGAGACCAACGCCAGCAGAGCUGUUUGCCGCACCAGGCACCUCACAGCCUUUGCUGCGGGCCUGUUUGUACCCUCCGACGCCAUCAGCUUUAAAGUGCCAGAGCGUUCUGGUGCACCAAGCCUGAUCGUCCUGUUGGUGUGUGUGUUGGGUUUACUAAGCUAUGUUGUGGCAGCAGCCAUCUUGCACAAGUUGGACCAGCUGGAUCUACGCCGGGCUGGUGUGGUUCCACUCUGCGGCCAAGAUGGACUCUUCAAGUACGAGGUUCAGGUCAAGACUGGCUGGAGACGAGGGGCAGGCACCACAGCCCAUGUGGGAAUCAGUUUGUAUGGGCGUGAGAGCCGCAGUGGACACCGCCAUCUCGACAGCAGAGGAGCCUUCUCGAACAAUGCUCUUGAUAUUUUCCACAUCGCCACAGACACUAGCCUGGGCAGUGUCUGGAAAAUACGAAUUUGGCAUGACAACAAAGGUCUGUCCCCAGCAUGGAUGCUACAGUACGUCUUGGUGAAAGACCUGCAGACUGGAAGCAGCUACUACUUCCUGGUGGAGGAUUGGCUGUCAGUGGAUAAUGAGAGAACUGAUGGACGAGUAGAGAUUGAGGUGGAGGCAUCAGAGGAGGCUGUGCUCCGUCAGCUGCCCCGCCUCAUGUGGUGUGAGCUACAGAGGGCGCUGUGUGAGAGCCACCUGUGGUUGUCGCUGUGGGAGAGGCCCCCCCGUAGCCCCUUCACUCGCCUGCAGAGAGCCACUUGCUGUGCUGUGUUACUGCAGCUCUUUCUACUGGCCAACACACUGUGGUACAGCAUCGUGGUGGACAAAAGAUACAGCCCGCGGGCUGUGUCAAGGCUUUCUUCAUUAAAUGGAGAGACUGUGGCAGCAGGUGUGGUGACCUGUCUGAUCGUCUACCCUCUCUACCUGCUCGUCUUCACAUUCUUCAGAAUGAGCCGCAGCAAGUGUGUGUCUGUGGAGCAGGUACCACCACAAGUGGACCAGGAGUCUGUGGAGAUCGAUAACUUCUUGGAAAACUCCAUGGCUGGAAGUUCCUUCCUCUUUUUUAAUGGCGAGACCAACUCAGAGGAAACCAAUGUGGAUUUGCCCACUCCAUCAACCAAAAGUGUGGAGAGUUGGGGCAUGGCAGAGGAGGAGACGGAGGACGGGGAUUGGCCAGAGCUGUUAAGUGACGUGUCGGUGGUGGGAGGGGCAGGGCAUGGAGCAGGAAUGCCCAGGUUGAAGAGGGGUCAGGGGAGCAGGCACCUGGGUGUCGACAUGACCUUUAACCCUGAAGAGGAGGAGGGGACUGACCAACACAACAAAUAUUUCACCUCAUCAGAUGAGGAUCUAAUCAAACACAUCCUGGCAGACGGACAGAACUUCUUUCCGCAGGCAGACGAAAGUGAGAUGGCUGACCUGUCAAGCAUUUUUGGAGAUAAGACCGAAGUGAUUCUCCUCCAGAAGCUGAAUGAGCCUCUUCCUCUAGAAUCUGUCAGACGGGACCCGCCGAAAACUGCUUUCACCUCGAAUACAGUUGUGACAGAUGUGUGUCGUCCCAGACGCUUCCCUCCCUGGUGUGGACGUGCCGCCCUGUGGGGCAGCUGGGCAGGGGUCGCUCUGGCAAACGGCGUUUCGAUUUGGGCGGGCCACGGGUUCAGUCAGAGUGUGGCCAUGAUGUGGCUCAUCUCCUGUUUUGCCAGUUUCCUGUGCUCAUGCCUGCUGUUGGAGCCAAUCAAGGUCUUGUGUGAGGCAGUUUACUAUGCAGUGUGUGUGCGUCGCUUGCGUCCAGAGGACCAGGACAUGCUGGUGGAGUUCCCCCGUGUGGAGAGAGUGGUCCAGAGGGUGCCCAGGGUGAGACCACCACAGGGCUUUGCUCUGUCCCAAGCCCGGCACCAGGCCCGCAAGGUCCACAUGCUGCACACCAUGCUGAAGAAUUUCCUGGUUUACAUGUUUUUCCUGUUGGUGGUUUUACUUCUCAACUACUCUGACUCGGCUAAAGACACACACAGCCUGAGACUGCGCACUCAGCUGCAGCAAGCCCUGCACACACCUGAGUAUCACAACAUCAGCAGCCGAGAUAAUGUUUUGAUGUGGCUGAAUGAGUCCCUAUUACCACGGCUACUGGAUGACUCUGCCCUCUUGAGAGACACAGGAAGUGUGUUACUUGGCACGCUGAGGCUGCGACAAAUCCAAGACACAUACGGUGGCGCCAGGGCAGGAGACAGUGUUUGGGGAAAGGGCUGGUUUACCUCUCCAACUAAAGACGCUGAGAAUUUCACUGCUUUUGGUUCUAGCGAUGAAAACUGGAUGAGGCCUUUUGGUGAAGUGAGGGUAUACAACAGUGGCGAUGUGGUCCACCAGCUGAACAGAAGCCUGGAGGAGGCGUCUUCCUCCUUACAGCAGCUGCAGCAGCUGCACUGGCUCGACUACAGGACCUGUGCUGUGUUUGUGGAGUUCUCGCUCUACAACAUCAACACAAACCAACUGGCUGUCUUCUCCUUCCUGUUUGAGUUCCCGGUUUCUGAGCGUGCCCAGUCCAGUCUUGACCUCGUUGUCAUCACUCUUUGGCCAAUCACAGGCCUGGACCUGCAGCUCCUUUUCACGAUGAUCCUCCUCAUCCUGGUGUUGUAUUUCCUGGUGCGGGGGAUCUUGGGCUUCCUCAGAGAGGGCUACAGGUACCUGUUGUCAGCCUGGAGACUCCUGGGCAUCUGUAAACUGACUCUGGCAGCGUCCGUGUGCGGGCUGCACCUGAGCCGCUGCACCUUGGCCAAGCAGCAGUGGGCAUCGUACGUGAAGCACUCACGGGACGCCUUCACAGAUUUCUACCCCCUGGCCAGGCAGAGUCAAAUGUACACAGUCAUGUCUGCAUUGCUGUUGUUCAUACUGGUGCUCAAGGCGUCCCACCAGUUGCGGUUUCUCAGAGAGUGGGCCGUGUUUGGCAGAGCUCUGCGGCGCUCAGUCUGGGAGCUGCUGGGAGUCGCCCUGGCAUUACUGCUGUUGCUGCUGGCUUACUCACACACAGGACACCUGCUCUUCCACUCUGUAUUGGAUGGCUACGGCAGUGUGAGCUCCGCCUGUCUGUCUUUGUUGGGUGCUGGUGGGCGAGGCCUGUUAUCGUGGCUUCCCAGCUGGACAAUUACCGGUCCCUCUAGCAACGUCCCCUCGCUAGUGUUCCACGCGAGCUUCGCUGUAUUUCGGCUGGUGUUGCUUUGGUUGGUCACCUCUGUUCUUCUGAGGAACUACCGCCGUGCACGAGCCGAGCUGUACCGUCCAGCUGUGGAUCUCCAAGACUACGAGAUGGUCGAGCUGUUCCUCAGACGACUCAAAAUGUGGAUGGGGCUCAGCAGGGCCAAGGAGUUUCGUCACAAGGUGCGUUUCGAAGGCAUGGAGCUGCCACCAUCCCGUUCGUCCUCCACUAGCGACUGCAAGUCCCUGUGCUUGCCACCACUUGAUGGUCCUGACUCUCCACCAACACCAGAUAGCGUCGAUGCCGGCUCUGAAGCCUCGUGGCGUCCGGCCUCCUCCAGCCCCUGCAGUCUGACGGAAGCCCCAGGGAUCGGCUUGGGGCUUGGGUUGGGCCUGGGCUUGGGCCUUGGCCCAGGAGUGGUGGUGGGAGGCACCAGCUGGAGGGAGAGGGCAGAGACUGAAGCCUCUCUGAGGAGGCUGCUUCCUACCCUGGACGCCCUGCUGCAACAGCUUGACCGUGUCACCAUGGCAACAGAGGAUCUGUACCACAUCGAGUGUAGACUGGAGCGAGCACAGAGGAAAAGGAGGCGUAGAGGGAGAGAGAGAGGAGGUAGUUGUCAGGGAGGGAGGAGUGAGGCAGGACAGAGGUUAAAGGGGGAGGACAAGGACUCUGCUGGAUGGAGAGAGCGAAAGAGUGGCAAAGAAAAACACAAAGGGAGCAAGAAGGGGAAAAGGACAGAUAAACGUGAACUUUCAAAGGAAUGUGGAAACACUGCUGCCAACCCCAGAAAGACUCCUGUAGCCACGCCUGUUCCCUUUUUAAAGCCCAGACCAGCCUCUGCCUCUACACAUGCCCCCGCUCCUCCGUCAUCAGCCAAACCUUCAGUCAGUGCAGUCAAUGCCUCGGACUCCUCUCUCACCUUCUCAUCAGCAAACACUCCCCCUACCCAUGUCCCACUGCCCAAAACACCCACUGCACCUCCAUGUACCCCUGCUCCUUCUUUGCCUUCCACUCCCGCCCCUACACCUAUUACCCGGGACUGGGACCCUCCCACAGAGCGAGAGACCCUCCCUUCCUCCAGCCUGUUCAACCACCCCGCUCACACGACCACCAUUCCCACACGCAAGCGAAAACGCAAGCCCCCACCCCUCAAAAAUAAGGUGCACCCCAACUUAGACAGGCAUGGCUCUGGACACGCCAAAUCCUGAGGACUCUGGAUGGAGAGAAAAACAGAAGUGAGAGGUGGAGAAAAAGAAUGUGGGAGUAAAUGUUGGGUUAAGGACGAGAGGAGGACGGGGGCAGCAGGUUUUGUCCCCAGGUCCUCCUCUCUAAACCCAGGGGAAAGGAAGAAAACAAGAAAAAUCACAGAGACAUGCAGUUUGGGGAAAUUAAAGCUUAACAGAAAGCAAUAAAGUAAGACUUUGCAGGUUUAGAGUCAGAGAUCCGUCCAAAUCCCAGUUCAGUUCUCUCAGAAACAAGGUGCAGGUCACCAGAUGCAAAGUGAGCUGGCUUAAACAGCCCAGUCAAUUUCAACAUUUAAACCAAGAAACACUCCUAUUGCUUAAUUCCCCCCGACCAAAACUGACCCCUGACACCAUGCGACCCUGGAGGUCACGUGGGGUCGUUGACAGGAGCACACAAGCGUGCUCACCCGAUGACUUAACGAACUGAAAGUAGACAAUGCAGUCAGUCUUUUUGUAUAUCUCAGAAAAAAUGUGUUGAUUUCUCAGUUAUGUUGUCUGUCUACAUAUUUUAUAUUUUAUAUUUCGGUUACCAUGGGUACUUGUGGCCUGUCUGAAAACAUGUUUUAUGGUAUGGAACCCAAAUUUGCAUGCAGGCGCACACAGAUAUACGCACAUGCAGGUUAACAUAUGCAUAGAAAUAACACUGUAGGCACAGACACGCUAACGGUAAUGUUUCGUACACUUCAGCCCACUGAACAAGAGAAAACAAACAGACACACACACACACACACACACACACACAAACAAAAGACUGUUGGGAUCCCAGCAGCCAGUUCUUCAGGGUGCAGAUAUAACCAUUCUCUCCAUACUGGUCCAGAUCAAAGAGAGAGAUGAGAGAUGAAGGCCAUGAGUGGUGACAAGAAAGAGUAGCAAGUGGUCGUAGCAUAGAACAAAGUAGCGUAGCAGUAUUAGAAAGAGGGACUAAAGAAGAAGGAUAAGAUGGUGCUCAGUGGAGAAGUUUGGUUUUAGAUAAAGGUUAAGGAACAAAAGAAGGUUUUGCCUUCACUUACAAACAGUACUGAACAUUUCUCCCAUCAUAAAGCUAUAAUGACUCCCAGUCUGAGUAUCUUCUUUAAAUGUUUGUUUUUUUAUUGCGUUGUGUUCAAUAUGGUUGUGACUUAAAAGCACUUUUGUUCAGAUGUAGAUUGUUUUUUAAUGAGGUGUGGUGUAAAGUAAUAAGCUUGGUAUCCAAACCAAUAGAAAAAGCUUCAUUCAUACUGUAUCUUAACUAUAAACAUUGCCAAAGCUUUUGCAUCAUUUAUGCAUCCUGAGUUGUUACCAUGCCGCGUAACUCAUUCAUUUUGUACUUAGCACUUUAUUUCCUUAUUGGAUAUCCAGCGCCAUAUUUAACUCUCAUGUGUCAAGUUUUCGUUUCGUACCUCAACAGCUACAUUAUAGAGACAUGCUAAUAAGUAUUAUCAAGGUAUUGAAUCAAUAGUUUGCAGUUGUGUCUUGUGCUUUUGUCUGGUCUUUGUAGUGUUGUUGUUUUUGUCUCUUAUUUUGAUCAACAUACGUACGUACUUCCUGUGUGCAGUGGGCAGAUCUCAGGGAACCCACCCUCCUCCCAAAACCUGGAAAGACAACCAGGAAAACCAAAACCGCAGGCAAAAUAGGUGUUUUCAGUCAUCGAAGGAAAUUGUGUAUUUUGUGGUUAAAUCCUGCCGCUGACAAUGACUUCCAGCCACUUUUAGACUUCAGCUUCCUUCUUCUCUGAUCCAAAAAGUGGCAAGUUCUGUGUUGGCCCCAUUUUCAUGGGUUUUUGAAGGAUAUAAAAGAGGACCAAUUUUGCAGAGGUACUAAUGGGUAUGCCAAAGUGUGAUUGAGGCCCUUUUUCUCCCUCUUCCAAGAAGACCCCACUAUUACACAGCAGAAAGCAAAAUGUUCAACCUAAAUUAUUUUAUUUUGAACCUUAAUCUCACCUAUUUCCUGGCAUCUAAAUUCCGGAAGAUUGCUUAAGUUUCAGGAUCUCACAAAAGGGAAUGAAAAAGGCCCAUCUUCCUGUGUGUGUGUGUACAUUUCUGUAUAUAUUGGUGCUUUUUGGUGUGUAUAUUUUUGCUUUUCAUGAUCAGUAUUGUUGAUGUGCUGCAGCGGCGUCUCCAUAGGUCAAGCACUGGUGUUGCAAACUCCAAAGUUUUACAUUUCUCCAGUCUAACUGAAGCACUGCAGCCAAAGCUAUCCAUGUAUUUAAUGUAAAUCUUUGUUCACAAUAUGCCAACUAGAAACCACAGGAAGCUCAGCAGUCAACAGGUAACGCCUCCACUAGCUUUCAUACCCUGCUGUUUGUGUACCGUAUGUAACAAGAUAGUGCCAAAGCCCACCUCUGUCUUCUAGCUGCCCUUUUGUGUUGUACCAUGCAUUUUGUUUUAAAACUGUGUGACAUGUCUUUAAAAAUAUUUGUCUAUGCUUUUUUUGUAUCUUAUAUCUGUAUUUUGCAGUUUUAGCACUUCUCAUGCUUUUGCACUUGACAAAGUC